AUUUUCAAGGGUUCCCUGUUUUGGUCCAAUUCUAGUGGCGGCUGCUAUUCAACUCAAACAACAAUCAAACCUCACAAACAAACAGUGAUGUGAAAGCUGUGUUUUUGCACAAAAAUGUUUACCCAGUAUUGCCCCUGAAUGCCUUGCUUUGCUCCUUCUCUCAUCAUCCACUUGAACUGGGGUCUGAUUCAUUGACACCACAGAAGAGUUGGCAUUGAAACCUGGUUUAUAUAAUUGUGUGAUCUUGAGAAUUGUGGAGAGUCCAAAAUGGAGGAUAUCAGUCCGAGGACUGAUACUUCAACCGAUGGCGAUACUGAUGACAAGAAUUUGAGGUUUCAAAGUGAUCAAUCUCAAGCCAUUGUUACUUCUGAUGCCAGUGACAAGUCAAGGGAUCAAAAGACACUUCGUAGGCUUGCUCAAAAUCGCGAAGCUGCAAGAAAGAGCCGUUUAAGGAAAAAAGCUUAUGUUCAACAACUAGAGAGCAGCAGAAUGAAGCUUACACAACUUGAACAAGAGCUCCAACGAGCUCGUCAGCAGGGCAUCUUCAUUUCAAGUUCAGGAGAUCAAUCUCAAUCAAUGAGUGGAAAUGGAGCCCAGGCAUUUGAUGUAGAAUAUGCACGGUGGCUGGAAGAGCACAUCCGACGAGUCAAUGAGCUGAGGGGAGCUGUCAACUCCCAUGCGGGUGAUGGUGAACUUCGCAUAAUUGUGGAUGGGAUCUUGGCUCACUAUGAUGACAUUUUCAGGAUAAAAGGUGAUGCUGCCAAGGCUGAUGUCUUCCAUAUAUUGUCAGGCAUGUGGAAAACACCUGCAGAGAGGUGCUUUUUGUGGCUUGGUGGAUUCCGUUCAUCUGAACUACUUAAGCUGCUUAUGAAUCAGCUGGAGCCUUUGACAGAGCAGCAGUUGUUGGGCAUCACCAAAUUGCAGGAAUCGUCCCUACAGGCAGAAGAUGCUUUGUCCCAAGGAAUGGAGGCAUUGCAGCAAUCCUUGGCUGAGACGUUGGCCGGAUCUCUUGGCCCUUCUGGUUCAUCUGGUAAUGUUGCAAACUACAUGGGACAAAUGGCCAUGGCAAUGGGAAAACUAGGAACUCUUGAGGGCUUCAUUCGGCAGGCUGACAAUCUACGGCAACAAACAUUGCAACAAUUGCACCGUGUAUUGACAACCCGCCAAUCAGCUCGUGCCUUGCUUGCUAUAAAUGAUUAUUUCUCUCGGCUUCGAGCUCUUAGCUCUCUAUGGGAUGCUCGUCCCCGGGAAUGAGAAGCAUGAUAUAUUCUUUGUUUCUGAUUUUAGUUUGAAAGAAGGGUCUGGCUGUGUGUUCUUAGUAGUACCAAAUAUGAUCUGCCUGCCCAACUGAUGGGUUUGUUGUCACGGAUUCAAAAUUAGGGUUGUGUUUGUUUCUGUAGCAGCAUGGCGUCGUCGGACACACCUUUGGUUUCAUAUUUAGAGUUGUACUUAGCUUUGUAUUAUCCUUCAGGGUUUGUAUUUUAUUUUUCCUUUUAAAAGCAAAAUUUGCUGCAACAUAGGCAGUAAUUUAUGUUAUCUAGAUAUUAUUCUAAUCAACAGAAAUUCAGUUUUAUUUU